AUGGAUACCAAUACGGAGUUGGAGCUUCCUGUCCGGUCUGUGGGGAAUCGAGAAAGUCUUCAUGGUUUUGAGGAACUCGAUGGACAUUCUCGCAAUCUCACGUGCGUGUGUAUCAUUGCGCUGCGGAAGGCCGGACGCCACCAUAUAGGCGUCUCCGAUAGUUUCGACUUUGUACACAUCGAACCUCUCGAUGAUCGAAUCAAACAAGGUGUACAGCCGAUUGAGGAGUUCAACAACCUGUUCAGAAUCAAGGAAAUGGAUUAA